CUUAUCAUUAUUUUUGAAUUGUUUAAUUUUGAUUAUUACAUCGUAUGGGAUUUUAUGAGAGCCUGCUACUUUUAAUUUUUUAUAAUAAAUCAAAAGUGCAAUAUAUAUGCAUAACGAGACGAAUAAAUAAAUAGAUUCAAAUUUUUAAUACAAAAUUUUUUUCGAUCACACGUGAUCGGAUUUCAGUAUAGGUGUCGUCGAAAUCGGCCUUUUGGUUAAAAUCUUUAACCACGCUGCAUACAAAGCUGGAUUUGGAUGUGAAUGUUUCACAACGCGUUGUAGAUUAAAAUGGGUCGCAAGGCAAAAUUUGAAGGAGACCAAGUUUCCAGUGGUCAUGGAAGAAAAGCGAAAAAACAGGCUGAUCCAACUUUUCCAAAAAGAGUCCUAGCUCAUGAAUCUAAUAAAUUAAGUCACCGACAAAAGCAGAGAUUAAAGAAUAGACUGCAGAAGAAACAACAACUAAAAGAAAGUGCAAAGAAAUUACUUAAAAAGAAAACAAACAUGAAAGAGCAGAUAGAAUUUAAAAAAAAUGAAGAUAUACUACAGCAGCAAAAACAGAAAAAAGAAAAGAAAGUAAAAUUUGCCAAUAACAAUUAUCAAAAAGAAGAAAAUGAAAUAAAAGUUCAAUCUCCUAAAAAAGCAAACAUAGAAUCAAAGCUAGAAGCAAAACAAAGUAAAAAGAGGAAAAAGAUAAAACAAAAAGAUAUUAAGAAUAUAGAAAGUAGUAGUGAUAAUGACAUGAUAUUUAAUAAUGAUGACAAAAAUGAAGAAGAUGAAAAUGAACAAAUAGAACAAGAUGAAGAAGAAACAAGUGAAGAAGACAAUCAAUUGUUUUCUAUGGUAAAACGAUCAAAGAAAAAUUUUAAGAAAGCAAAGCAAAACUUUAUGGAAGAUGACAUAGAAAAUGACAGUAAAGAAAUGACAUUUAGUGAUGAGGAAGAAUCGACUGAAGACGAGCAAUUAGAGGAAGAAGAAAAGGAAGAAAAUGAUAAAAGUGACGAUGAUGAUUUACUUCCUAUAGAAAAGGCUAACAAGAAACUGAAAAAAAAGAAAGAAAAGGAAGAAAAACUAGCAGAAGAAGAAAUGGAUGAUAUGAUAGCGAAUCAAAGUGUAUUUUCUUUUCCAACUGAGGAAGAACUUGCCAAUGUUACUAAUUUAAAAGACGUUCAGCAACGAAUACGAGACGUUAUUAUGGUGUUAUCAGAUUUUAAAAGAUUACGGGAGAAAAAUAGGCCACGUUCUGAAUACAUCAAAUUACUUCAACAAGAUCUCUGUACAUAUUACAGUUAUAACAAUUUCUUAAUGGAAAAACUCAUGCAAAUAUUUCCAAUGGACGAGUUGUCAGAAUUUUUGGAAGCGAGUGAGGUACAAAGACCUAUGACGAUUCGCACGAAUACUCUGAGAACGCGACGACGUGAUCUAGCUGAGGCUCUUAUUAAUAGAGGCGUUAAUCUUGAUCCAAUAGGAAAAUGGACAAAGAUUGGUUUGGUAGUAUAUUCUGCACAAGUGCCUAUGGGUGCAACGCCAGAAUAUUUAGCGGGACAUUAUAUUAUACAAGGUGCUUCUAGUUUAUUGCCCGUAAUGGCAUUGGAUCCAAAAGAAAAUGAAAGAAUUCUUGAUAUGUGUGCCGCACCAGGCGGUAAAGCUUCACAUAUUGCCGCUAUUAUGAAAAAUUCUGGAACAUUGUUCGCUAAUGAUAUAAAUAAAGAACGAUUAAAAGCUGUUGUUGGACGAAUUUAUAUAUAUAUAUAUAACAAUUUCCAGAUUAUAAAAGGCUUCGAUAGGGUUUUAUUGGAUGCUCCAUGUACAGGUACAGGAGUAGUCGCGAAAGAUCCUAGUGUAAAGAUGAACAAGGAAGAAGUAGAUGUCCAACGAUGUUGUACAUUACAGAGAGAAUUAUUGUUAGCUGCAAUUGAUUGUGUUAACGCGCGAUCCGAAACGGGUGGUAUUAUUGUUUAUUCGACUUGCUCUAUUCUACCAGAAGAGAAUGAAUGGAUCAUCGAUUAUGCUCUUAAAAAACGCGACGUUAAAUUACUGCCUACCGGUCUAGAGUUUGGAACUAAUGGUUUCACGAAUUAUAGGGAACGCCGAUUCCAUCCUACAUUAAAAUUAACUAAACGGUUUUAUCCGCAUGUACAUAAUAUGGAUGGCUUUUUCGUAGCAAAAUUAAAAAAAUUUUCCAACAAUAUUCCUAAUCAGAAAGAUGAAACGGAAGAAGAUUCUGAUUAAAAUUCGUUUUUUAUAAUAAUUUGGUUUGUAAUCAAAUUUACAAAAAUGCUAUUAUUAUUACAUAAAACUAUUAUUAU